AGGCAACAGGCUAGAAACUGGGAAACCAUGAGUUCUGCUCCUAGGAAGACGGCAAGGACAAAUCUCUUCCAUAAAUGCUGCCGAGAAAACUGCAGGGAUUUAUCUAUGUAGCGACAAGUGAUGUGUGUGUGUGUGUAGGAAGGCACUAUAGAGAAGAAAAGGCUGGUUGGAUGGUCCAAAGAAAAAUAAACGCUCAGAAUAUGGCUACUACAAAAUUCCAGCAAGGCAGAGAACAGAAAGCAUAAGCCUGUGAGACUACCCCAAAACCGUAAUAAGGAACUGAGAAAAAAGGCAACAUAUACAGGAAGUAAAAAGAGGAACAGCUCACCAAGAAAAAAGAAUCAGUUAGCCCAAAAUUGGAGACCAUCCUAAACUCAGAAAAGCUGAAACUCAGAAUGUUGAAGUUGGUGAGAGAUACUAAGAAUACCAAGAAGGACUCAUUCAGAUAUUUUCAAAAUAAAAAGAAGAGGGGGAAAAAGUGGUUAACCAGCUGCUGAAUGAAAAUGGCAAGAUGCUGAGAAAGAAUACUGUAGGCAGAACUAAUCAACUUUAAUUAUAAUAGAAUAACAGAGUUGGAAGAGACCUUGGAGGUCUUCUAAUCCAACCCCUUGCUUAAGCAGGAGUUCCUAUACCAUUUCUGACAAGUGGCUGUCCUUUUUCUUCCUAAAAGCCUCCAGUGAUGGAGUCCCCACAACUUCUGGAGCCAAGCCAUUCCACUGAUCAAUUGUCUUAAUUGUCAGGAAAUUUCUUCUUAGUUCUAUAUUUAUGUUCGUUCUUCCUCAAGAAAAGGAUAUAUCUAUUUUCUUUGCAAUGAUGUAUAAGUCUUCAGUGCCAGAUGAAUUACAUCUGAGGGCCCUGAAGGAAUUACCUGAUGGUCUGGCCAACCCUGGACAAUGGAUUAGCAGAUUAUUGGAAGAGGGCAGGUAUUGCAGUAUCUUCAGAAGUGGUGCAAAUAGAACAUUUUGAGUUUAAAAAAAAAGUGGAGCAGAGGAAAUAAUAAAAAUGCUAUUGUUGGUUUCUCCUACCCAGUCAUUGAGAAGAUGUGAAUGACCCCUCCCAAAACCAAGUAUAGCUGUUUUUAUUUUUAUUUAUCAAAUUUUUAAAACUGCCCAUCUGCCUCGCAAAGGAGAAUCUUGCUCACAUAUCUACGAAGAUUUAUCUCCAGGAUCCGCACCCGGAAUCUGUUUUGCUUCAUUUCACAAGGACGGCAUUGUUUCAGGUAGGAGAUCAGGAUGGGAGAUCAGAGGCAACGUUCGUUAUCCACGUCCGGAGAAUCACUAUACCACGUUCUAGGACUGGACAAGAAUGCCACCUCAGAUGAUAUUAAGAAAUCGUACAGGAAACUCGCAUUAAAAUAUCACCCCGAUAAGAACCCAGAUAAUCCAGAAGCCGCAGAUAAAUUUAAAGAGAUUAACAACGCACACGCAAUAUUGACUGAUGCUACAAAAAGAAAUAUUUAUGAUAAGUAUGGCUCUUUGGGGCUGUACGUAGCAGAACAGUUUGGAGAAGAGAAUGUGAAUACCUAUUUUGUGUUAUCCAGCUGGUGGGCCAAGGCGCUGUUUGUCUUCUGUGGGCUCAUAACCGGGUGCUACUGUUGCUGCUGUCUCUGCUGUUGCUGUAACUGUUGCUGUGGAAAGUGUAAACCGAAACCCCCUGAAGGAGAUGAACCGGAAUUUUAUGUCUCUCCAGAAGACUUGGAGGCCCAAGUACAAUCAGACGAGAGGGAGAACACCGAAGCCCCCAUCAUGAUCCAGCCAGCCUCCGCCACAGAGACGACUCAGCUCACGGCAGAUUCUCACCCCAGCUACCACACCGAUGGAUUUAACUAAGAUAAGGAAGCACUUAUUUAACCCGAACGGAUAAGAAUAAAUAAUUAAAUGGCCAAUCCAGCACUAGAAUCAUGGACAUUAGGAAUAGAUUAUGGGGAAGGGAAAGGCGUUCGCCGAUGGUCAAUUGGGCAGCUUCAUAACCUGCUGACAAAUAUUUUGUAAUCCCCUCGUCAUCUUUUUUGUCACCUUCAGUGUCGUAUCUCAAUGAGACAUGGAAGUACUGUAGCAUGCCGAAUCUGAACCUGUUUAGCUUUAGUCUUCUUCUUCUUUUUCACCCCUCCCCCCCCUUUCGUUGUUUUCCCCGUUCCGUUUUUUAAAAGGAAGAAUAGCAUGUGUCAAGUUUACAUUAUAAACGUUUUUUGUGUUGUAAAUGUACUAAGGAGUUUUAUCAUGACGAGUGUGACGGUUACAUUCUGCAUUUUAAGCAGUCAAACCAGGAGGCUUUUUUUUUUUUCCAAAGAGAACUUGAAAAUUGAUCAAAUGGAGCCACAAAACUUCCAUACAGUUGAGCUACCGAUCCCUUCCUGCUCCACUGGAGAGCAGCAGAGAUUUCCGAUUGCCCACCUGCCCAUUGGUACCUGAUUUUUUUUGCCUCAAUAACUGUAUUUUGAAAACGGCUGACGUUGCAAGGAAGGGAUUGGGGAGUGGGGAGUUUAAGGGGGAAAAGAAUGCUGUUUUCUGGAAAUGUUGUUUCCGUUUCUUCUUUCAAAGCCCUUUGAGGCUUCACAGGCAUUUUGUCCAACCUUCUUUACUGUGUAGGAAGUUGUAAUUCUGGAGGGCGAUCACCUCUGCAAUGUUUUCUUUCUAGUUUUCUUGUGUGGGAGAGGGCCAAAGUAGUGGGGUUUUUUUUAAACUACGAAACUAGAAAUUACUUGAAUCAUCUCUUUAAAUUAAAAUGCACAUUAUUCUUUGUUUAAAUUUUAAAAUAAUAAGCAUUCCCCCAAACUAUUUAUAGUUAAACCGCUGGGGCUUUUUUGGGUACAAAUGCAUGUUUUCACUGCCCAAUUGGAAUGAAGUGUUAGUGAUAUCUGAGAGCAACUUUUAGAUUUUUAAAUAUAUAUAUAUUGAUCUGACAAUUGUUCUCAAAUUACCGGUUCUCUUUUUAAAAAUAAUAAUAAUAAUAGAUCUUAUCAAGUCCACUUUAUAGACGAUGUGUUCUAGGGAUAUAUAGGUUUAUUUUUAAUUUAUUUUUUAAAAUAAUCGCGGCCACCCGGCUCACAAUUCCUUAAAUCAGUACCAUUAUCCGGCAGGUGUUGGUGCAGCCCUCAACAUUCACCAGCCAGCGGUGUUCACUUCCUAUUCUGGGAGCAUAUGGCAGUGAUGUCACACAUGCCUUGAUGACAUCAGUCCAUUGAUAUAAUCUGAGCCCAUUGCUCACGACUUGGGUGAUACCAUCUUGAUUUCUACACCCUGCCACUGAUACGCGAUAUUGUGGCUAUCAAUAGUAUCAUGAGACUGAUGUAAGGGACAUAAUUCACAUCCUUUGCACCUCGACAGACUUAAUGCAUGCAAUGUCACUCAGCUCCCCCCCCCCCACUUCCCUUGCUCAAUGUUCAUGACUGGGAAUUUUGGGAUUGUGGAGUCCCAACACAACUGGAGGGUCACCAGGUUGAGGAGUAGCGAUCUAAGCAGGUCCCAAUUCUGACAGCGAUGGCUAUUGUAGAAUUGGCCACCAUUUCCCCCCCAUUUCCAACCUGCAGGGCAGGAAUCAGAUUGAAACUGACUAGAACUGAGCAGGUGGGAGAAUGAGUGGGACCUGAGAUGGCUGGAUGAACCUCGAGUCCAUGCCUGAAUUUAUCUGGUUGGUGGGUGGGCUGGUUUCUUUCUCUGCCUCAGUCCUUCCUUUGUAAAACAGGAGCGGUCCGUCUCAAAUGUCUAAACUUCAUUAUGCAGUACUUUACAUAUUUGAAGCAGUGUGUGGUAGAAUUGUGUGAGUUGUGUGCCUAAAUGGCAAUUUUUAAAAAAAGAAAACCCACUUGCUCCUCUAUGUAUCUCUGUAGAGCAGGGAUAUCCAACCUUUUAAGACCAAUGGACUUCAAUUCCCAGAAUUCCCCAGCCAGCCAUGCUGGCUGGGGAAUUCUGGGAGUUGAAGUCCACAGGUCUUAAAGUGCCCAAGGUUGGACACUUCUGGUUUGGAGAAAUGUUCUGCAGAUGUUCUGCUAGAUCCAAUUCCAGUUGGGCUCUUUCUAUUGAACGUUUUCUCUGUGAUGAGUGGGAGAAUCCACCCCAAAUGGAAGUUGUGUGUUCAUCCAGGCAGCGGACAUCUCAAAAGUUUCCUCUGUCAUCCAGUUUUGCGGUACAAUAUACUAAGUUUGUUAAUAAAGGCAUCGGUCAGAACCUC